UCACUAUUUGUGGAUAGCUUUGCGUUUGACACAGGCCAAAGGCUAACUAAAGGAAGAACCCGUAAUAAAAUACAUACGUCAUAUUAUUUUAUAUAUUAAUGUAUGUAAUACAGCACUCACGUAGGUAACUUUCAAGCUGAUUAAUAUUUUUUAAGUGAAAGUGAUUUUUUAAUGUUCAUCUGUAAGGUUUAUAAAAAUCAUGACAGGCAGAACGAGUUUUAAAAAUUCUCGAAUGAAUUUCAAAGUUCAAAAUGACCCAUUCGAGGGUAAAGGUACUAAACCUAUACGAGAAGCUUCGUCUAUUACUGAAGUUUUGGUGUUGAUGAUUGUGCACGUUUGUAAGAAAUUACUGUUCUUUGAUACCAAUUUAAAAAUAGCGUUAUACUUAGGAGCUCUAUUUUUGUUAUCGCUCGUAGCUGACGUUUUAACAUUUCCUAAAACUUACUUUUCGAGAAGUGACAAUAUAUUUAAUCAGUAUUUUGUUAAAAUUGGAUGGUUUUGGACAUUAUUUUUAACAGUGCCUUAUGUAUUGUUGACCUCAUAUACCACAUGCUGUGGUAAAAGAAAGCUUAUCGUCACUGGUCACAUGCUGAGAUUAAUUAUUGCUACAUUCUUCUGGUAUGCUUGGACAACUAUCUUUAACAUUAUAGAAACUAAUUACGGUCGAUGCAACUCAAAGUCAUUUGAUAGUAAAACAUCAUGUUUGAAAAAUGGACAUUUUUGGAAUGGAUUUGAUAUAUCGGGACAUUGCUUUAUUUUGAUUUACUCAAGUCUGAUAAUGAUAGAAGAAGCCAGGGCAAUUAAUGGCUGGGAGCGUAUCAAGGACUAUAUCAGAGAUGAAAAGUAUUCAAGAAGUGUUGAGGAUAAAACGAUAAGCACAAACCCCUUGAGAAAUAUAAGUGCAGAGGAAUUAGAAAUCUUGAAAGUAUCCUAUGAAAACUUUACACCAUAUGUAAGGGCAUUCCUUAUCGCGAUAUCUUUAUUGCAGUUACUUUGGGAUGUCAUGUUAGUUUCUACAAUUCUGUACUACCACAUUAUGGUGGAGAAAUUUAUAAGUGGAGUGAUAGCUAUUCUUACAUGGUUUGUGACUUACAGAGUUUGGUAUACAAUACCAAAUAUUUUACCAAAUCUCCCAGGUGAGGGGAUAUUUAAAUAUAAUAAAGAAAAAUCAUUUGUUACACCCAACAAUAAAAAAAGAACAAGUACAACAAAUGGGAAACAUUUCAUGGGAAUGCCCCUGAAUAAAAGUCAAGAAGAUAUACCUAGUGAUGAAACAAGAUAAUGACAGUGGUAAUCUAUUAAGAAACAUACUAUAAUAUUAAACACCAUCUGAAGUUCUUGCUGCUUUUCGUUGUGCACUUAAAAGUUCUGAAAACAAUUGAUAUGGCUAAUUUCAUAAUUGUAAACAGUGUUUUUAUAGUUCCUACAAACAAUUAUGAAGAAUUAUGAACCUAUGAUAUUUUCAAAUCCCAAUUUUAAUUGACUCUUACAAUUAUGGUUUUCUUGAUUUAUUUAGACUAGUUAAUGUUUUAAAUUUAUUUUUCAUUGGUAAAGGGUGACAGAAUUAAAAGUAAUUUUAGCUCCUCUAUCUGUGACAUUGCUUAGCCUAGUCAGAUUGAGUUAUGUAAUUAAAUAAACAAUGUUUAGCAACAACUAUAACAUUAUAUAAAGGCUGCCAUGCCAUGUACCACAAAAAGGUUGGGAAUAAUUGGUGGUAAUCAAAGAAUGUUUGAUGGUUUUAUUUGGAUUUACACAUGCACAUAUUUACAAAGAUUUUUACAUAUUACAUAUCAUUUAAUACUAAUAAAUAAAGAAUGAUGAUAGUGCAGUGCAGCAUGUUAAUGUGUCAUUAUCACCAUUGUGUGUUAAUUGCAAUUUGUGUUAUAAGCUCUUGUUUUGCCAACCUUGCAUAUGUGAUUGACUUAAUUUUGUUUUUUAUGUAAAUGAGAAUAUCACAUUAAAAAAAAAGUUUUAUAUUCAGAUAUUUUUAUUAUUUUAAUUCUAAUAUACAUGUUAUUAUUUAUUCUAUUUAAAACUAACUUAUUAGUAAUAAAGAUUUUUUUAUUGCGA